AUGCAACGCACGUCGUCCCCCCUCCCAAUCUGGCGCUUUCCCUCUUCUCUCACCCUGAGUUUCUAUCUAUCGGUGUUGUUGUUGAAGCUAUGAUGGCGGCAGCGGGAUGCGGAUCAGCAACCGCGGCUGCCGUUGUCGGCGCAGGCGGCGUGGGCGCGGCGCGGGGUCGCUUCCCCGGUCGCCCAUGGUCGUCGCGGAGCCGUUUGCGUUCGGAGAAGCGAUGGCAGCUCGGCCGCACCGGGACAGAUCAAGACGAGGUCUCCUCCAGCGGAGGCCCGAGGCCCACUUGCCUGGUGUUUGCGCUGAACGAGGACCAGUCCCACUUGCGCCUGCUCGGGAUCGAGGCGAGCUACAAGAGCCUGGGAGAGGCUGGAUACAGCUCCAGUGGAAGCGACGAGGGAGCUGAAUUCAAAGGUUUUAAAGUUGAAAAGGAAGACGUCAGCGCCCCAGUUGGCCCUGGACGAAAUCCUUGCAAACGUGAUCGUGUUUCAUCGAAGUCAAAGAGGAUACGUCAAAGGCCACCUCCUGCAGCGACUGUAUUGAAAAACACAGGUCCACAAGAUUCUCAAAGUGAUUCUGCUCAGCAACUUCACAGUCAAGAGCCUCUAAAGGACCCUGUGGUAGAUGAUGGUGUCGGUGGUGCAGAAGAAUCCAAAACAUCCUCCAAAACCAGAAGAAAAAGAGGGUCGGCAAAACAAGCACCUCAGUCAACUCCGAGGAUUACCAUCAAGCUGGUGACUAAAAAGACUACAGUCCCCUCCUCACAACAGAAAUCUGGUAAAAAACGGAAGGGAAUCAAAUUCAAAUCUGAAGUCACAGAGGAUCAAUGUGCACAAAUCUCAAGUGCUCAUGUGAAAUUAAAGACCGCCGUACCAGCCAUUGAAAACAGUGCAGGUGAGCCGAAAAAGGAGACUUGUACCAGAAGACGAGGAAGAUCUGCAGACAAGAAACCAGAAUGUGCUCCACAAACAGAUCCUGAGGUGGCCGACCAAAAACCAAAGUUGAGAAAAUCAACGCGAAAGCCUCAGAAUUUACUGCCAGUUGAAAGUACAGAGUCAAAAGCUGAGGAAAACCCAGCACAAGAGGGUGCUGAAUUAAAUAAGCUUGUGAUUCGGAGACAACGCAGAAGGUCCUCCAAUUCUGCACAGGAGUCUGGGAACCCGAGUUUGGCCGAAUCGUUGUUGGAAGUCUCAACUGUUGAAGAAUCCAGGUCACCCUCAAAAAAGAAAAAGAAGAAAAAAAAGAAGAACCACAAGGAAUCUGAAAGGAAUCAGGAAUCAGCCAUAGCUCCUGCUGAUGAGAAGCUCUCGUUCAACAGUGAAUUUGUUGGGAUUCCAGGUAUGAAGCUGACCAGGAUACGAAACCCUAAAGCCAGAUCUCGCAAGAAACGCUGCAAGUUUGUUUGGACUCUUACACUGGUUAAAAGCAAAAGCAAAAGCAAAGACACCCAAGACAAUCUAUGUAAAACGCAAGAAAGCCCCAUCAAAGAAGCAGAACCUCCUUCUAAACCUGUUGAGGGCGAAAACAUUUCUAAAGAAGCAGAAUCCUCACCUUCCAAGACGUCGGAGACAGACACACAGGUGCAGCAAACCUCGGAGGAACCUUCGAACACCACAAUUUCUGAGAACCCAGAGAGUUUAACAACAUUUGAGGAAGUUGAGAAAACCUCAAAAGAGGAAAACGUGGAGGUCCUUGAAAGGUCUGAAACAACUACACAAGCACAUCCAGAAGAAUCCACUCAGACAGACCCCGACGAUAUGACGAGUAGAGAUAUUGUUCCUCCGCUUCAAAUAAAGGUUGUCUCCUCACCCGGCAAAAACAACAGUUUGAAGCAAUCCUUCUUGAUUCAACAAGUCACGACAUCACCCGAAAUAAAGGAACUCUCUGCAAAAGUUGAAGAGAAUCCAGAGGAGAUGGAGAACGUUUUGAAAAUAAGAGCCGCUCCUGCCCAUAAAAUAAGGAACAGGCUACGCCAAAACACAGCCCGGAAGAAGCGUGGAAAACACAAACACUGGACCAUUUACAGACGGAGGUGUAAAACAAAUCAGUCGAAAGACAACGGCGCUUCUGAAAUCGCAGCUGAAGUUGAGACUCGGGUGGACGAUACGCUAGUAUCGCCGGUAUCGAAAGUGCCAGCGCCUUUAGAACCGAAACCAAAAAUGCAGUCGCAUGAAGUUAAGCAUAAAAGAGGAAAACGUUCAAUUCCAUCAAGUACAGAACCACAGAUACCCGAAGCAGCUGAGCCACAGACAAUUGAACAAACUGUUGAAUCAACACCAACCAAUCUUUCACUCGAAGUGAUGGAAACCCAGCGCGAGAUAAAAGUGGAGGAGACAUCGGCCUCAACUGAGAUGGAAGAGGUUUUAGGGACUUCGGAAAGAGAUCAGCCGCUGGUUCCUCGUCCUGCGAGACGGCGGAUUAAACAUGUCAGACGUAAACGGAGGGCUUUGAUCGGCCGCAGGUUAAAAAAUCCAAGAAUGAGACCGAAGGAGUUGGUUAGUGAAGUUACUGAAGGUUGUCCUCCAAUGGUUGGCACAGAUGUUGGAGAGCCCAAGCGACUAUUUUCAACAAAGUUCAAGAGGAAACUAAUUCAGUCCAUCGGGGGUAAAAGAAAAAGAGUCAAGCUCAUUUCAAAGCAACUGGAGAACACCAACGAAGAGCAGAUUUCCGAGCAGGUAGACAAGGUUGAUUCUGUGACCGAGAAAGCAGAGGACCAAGACGUUCAGCCUAGCAAAACGAAGUUUUUGAAAAACAUCAGACAUUUCAUAAUGCCAGUUGUGAGUGCCCGAUCUUCUCGGGUCAUCAAGACGCCAAAGAGGUUCAUGGAUGAUGUUGGUAUGUCGGAACUGCCCCGCAGGAACUCCCAAAAGAAGCUGGGACUACAACCGAGAACAAAGCGACAUGAUUCUAGUGAAAGAGGUGAGCCUGAAUCCCUUCCGUCUCAGGAUGAAGAGGAUGAUCUGGGUGAAAGUCACAUCGAUCUCGAUUUAUCUUCAUCUGUGGAAUCGAAACCGAAACCGGCCGACGCUGAGAAUUUCAGUGUGGAAACGCCAUCUGGUAAAAGGCGCUCGCUUCUCAGAGAUCCUGGUUUCAAAUGGGGUGUUUUGGAACCUGCUGUCGAGGAUGUGUUCAAUUUCAAUGAAGACCUCGACAAAGAGCUGGAGACCUUGUUAUCUGCCAAAGAUUUUCCAAUGGACGCUUUUCUCGAUCCUCUCCAAAAGAAGAAAAAAUCCACAAAGUUUAAAGCGCAAUCAUCAAAAUUAAAGUUACACAAGAAGCUAAAACUCAAACAAGGUCUUACGAAUCGUAAAAAGACUCCGGCAACCGAAACGAAAACGGUUGUUUCAUCGCCUGCCAAGGCACAGAAGAUCGCGUUGGAAGAGGAGGCCAGUUUAUUUCAAUCUCUCAAAAAUAUGAAGAAAGAAAAAGCUAAACUUAAAAUCGAGGAUCUCAACACCCCUGGGGUUGUUCGCAAAGUCUCCAUCUGUGUCCGAGCGCUUAGUUCCAAGUUGCUAGCGCAACACAAGACAAGGGACAUCCAAGAGGAUGAACUGCCAGAUGAAUUCUCCAUUCAUACAGACAUCUCGCUUCCCAAUAAAUGUAAAGAUUUUGAGAAAAUGCAUCUCGCAGAAUCAAAGAGUCUGAAUUCAGAGGAAGCUUCUGAAAAUGUUGUUGAUGCUGAAGAGAAAGCCGCCUCUCAUCGGCCUCGCCUUACAGGAGCUAACAAGCGGAUGUUCAACCUUCUCAAGAAAGCAAAGGUCCAACUCAUCAAAAUAGAUCAACAGAAACAUCUGAAAUCAUCUGGGGUAAAUCCAUUAAACUACAAAUCAUACAAUUUCCUUCCGGAAGGUAGAAUCACAUCAACAAAGAGGCAGAGACGAAAACCAAAGGAGCGUCGUGAGAAUGCCUGUCCCAACAAGACCGACGUCUCUCCGGAGCAGGAGCCUGCCAGAGGAGGACCCCGCAUUAAACAUGUUUGCAGGGCAGCGGCUGUGGUUUUAGGGCAGCCUCGUGCCAUGGUCCCUGAUGACAUCCCGCGACUGAGCGCUCUACCCCUGCACGAGAGAUCAGACAUAUCUCCUUCACCUGCAGAGAAAGGUGUCGAGUCUCACUCUGAUCCAGAAAGCCCCGUCACACAAGAGCACCGAACGUCGAAGUCCCGCAAAAGUAGAGCUCAUUUGUUAGCCAACCGAAACCGAAGGUGUGGCGAGUGUAAGGGAUGCCUCCACGAGGAGGACUGUGGCAGGUGCAUGAACUGCCUGGACAAACCCAAGUUUGGCGGCCCCAACACAAAGCGCCAGUGUUGCGUAUACAAGCGAUGCGAUGCAGUUGAAGAACGGAAGGCCAAGAGACUGAGUGGGAAGCUUCAAAAAGGGAAUAUUAAGAAGCGCCGUUCAUCAAUCAGCGCGGGUCACUCAAGUAAUGAAGACGGCGAGGGCGCAGAUGGAAUCGGACGGAUGUUCCCUACUCCUCCGGGUGACAGUCCAUCUGUGCGAAAACAGCCACGCCGGCACGUUAAACCACGUUUCUACUGCGACCUGCUGGAUUAUGACUCCGAUUUGGAAUGGAUUGGUGGUUCGAACUCCACCUCUCCCGGACGCAGGAGAACUCCUGGUCUUCGUAACGCAGAUUUUGUGUCAUUGGACGACUUCAUUGGUGACGCCUUUGACGAAGGAGUGCGACAUCGCAGACCUGGCUUCAACAGGGUUCCGCCCAUCAGGCGUAAAGUUGAGAAGAGUCCUCAGGAACAGACACCACCCAGCGUUCUGGCAGCCCUCGCAAACGGUUUUGCAGAAAGAGAGACUGAGCCAGAGGAACCCACGCACAAGAUCUGUGUGGAUUUCAAGGAGGACUGUAGUCUGCAAAGCGUUUGGGUGACAGGAGGUCUAAGCGUCCUCACCUCUGUUCCUCUCGUGCCCCAGUACGUCUGCCUGCUGUGUGCCAGUAAAGGCCAACAUGAGAUGCUGCACUGUCAGGUAUGCUGUGAAACGUUUCACCGGUUCUGCUUGGAACCUUCUGAGCGCCCCCUGGAGGAAAACAAGGAGAACUGGUGCUGCCGUCGCUGCAAGUUCUGCAGGGUCUGCGGACGCAAGAACAAAGAGUCCAAGCCUCUACUGGAGUGUGAAAAGUGUCAGAAUUGUUACCACCCCGCCUGUCUCGGCCCCAACUACCCCAAACCCAACAAACGUAAGAAGCCGUGGGUGUGUAUGACCUGUAUCAGGUGUAAAAGUUGUGGAGUGACUCCAGGGAAGAGCUGGGACACGGAGUGGAAUCACGACAAGGGUCUGUGUCCCGACUGCACGCGGUUAUUCGAUCAAGGUAACUACUGCACCAUGUGCUUCAAGUGUUAUGAAGAUAAUGACUAUGACAGUCAGAUGAUGCAGUGUUCCACAUGUAACCACUGGGUCCACGCUAAAUGUGAAGGUCUGACAGAUGACUUGUAUGAAAUCUUAUCCAGUCUGCCCGAGAGUGUGGUUUACUGCUGUCAGCCGUGCAUACAAGCCCAGCCCGACGGAGAGGUCGGCGAAGCCGGCUGGAAGGAGGUGCUCCACCAGGAGCUCAGGGCCGGGUUGGAGAAAGUGCUGUCUUGCCUGCUGAGCUCCACCCUCACAAAACACCUGGUCACCUGCAAGGGGUGUGCCGCGCUGGGUUCUCCAGACACUGAGGCUGUGUGUGACUUUAAUGCCGUUGGAAUGAAGUUUGAGGAAGGCUUGUACACAUCCCUGAAGUCGUUCCAUGAGGAUGUGGUGAAAGUAAUCUGCCGUAACCUCGAGGAAGAGAAAGGCCUGCCAGAGGACCAAAGACCCACUGCCCUGGCCCGCUCAUACUAUCUGACGCUGUUAAAGGAAGUUUAUAGUUGGUUCAACGGUCAAGACCCUAAAGUGUGGGAUCCACGCUCCAAACAUCUGCCAACUGGUAUGCUUUCACACGCCGUGAUGCCUCCAAACUAUGAACACGUUUAUGCACAAUGGCGUGAGAAAGACGCUGCGGAUGACGCACCGCCGCUGACUGGAAGCCACGUUGAUAUGAAAAUGGGAGAAGAAGCAGAUCUUUCCACACCUUUGGCCCAUAACACCAGCAGGAGUUGCUAUAUGGACAUGAGGGAGAUACGACUGAGGCUGAAAGGGAAGAAAGGUCGACUGGCGAAAGCAGACCUGGACACUGGUUGGUCGAAAGAAGAUGAAAGGCAGUGCGCUCUGUGCCAAAAAUAUGGUGACGCAAAGGCCAGUGAUGCAGGGAGACUGCUAUAUCUGGGGCAGAACGAGUGGGCUCAUGUCAACUGUGCCAUGUGGUCUGCGGAAGUGUUCGAAGAAGAUAACGGCUCGCUUCUGCAUGUCCACAGUGCUGUAGCGCGAGGUCGCCUAAUGCGUUGUGAGCGGUGUAACCGAACUGGGGCGACGGUGGGUUGUUGCCUUACUUCAUGCCAGAGCAACUACCACUUCAUGUGUGCCCGCUACCGCAACUGUGUCUUCCAGGAUGAUAAGAGAGUCUUCUGUCACAAGCACCGUGACCUCAUAAGUGGAAAAAUCAUCACUGGUCAAGGGUUUGAGGUGCUCCGGAGAGUUUAUGUGGAUUUUGAAGGAAUAAGUCUUCGCAGGAAGUUUUUGACUGGAUUAGAACCGGAAUCAAUCAAUUUAAUGAUAGGUUCUUUGUUAGUAGAAAAGCUGGGAAAGCUUAGCGAAUUAUCGGCUUGUCAUGGUAAACUUUUCCCUGUGGGUUACCAAUGCUCUCGCUUGUAUUGGAGUACUGUAAACCCCCUUCGCCGCUGCAAAUAUACAUUUCGUGUUAGGGAUGCCCGACCACCUGUUCAGGAAAAGCCAGUGGAAGAGCUGCCCGAUCAGGGAGAAAAUUGUACAAUUGCCCACAGCCCAUGUCCCCAGUCAGAAUCUGAAGCACGGUUUGUGGAAUUGACCCUUACAAAUUCCACUGGAACAAAUGCCAUCUUUGCCAAACCGGACCUUGGCGCUCGCCCCAAAAUCCCUUCAUACCCUCAGAACAGAAGACCCGCCGGAGGGCUUUCCAGACCACUGCCUUCUCCAGGAGCUGCCCCAUCCAAGCCUCACCACAUCUUGACAAUUAGUGAUCUGGACGACACUCGAAGGCCACGACGGCACAGCCCACACUCCCAGAACAGCGGUACCCGUCACAUGACCUCCCCUACUCUCGGAUCCCCAGCAGGUCCAAUGACAUCUAGAGCGGGUGGAUCCCACCACCCUAAGACCUCCCAACCUACCUCCCCAGUUUUCCCUCUUGGUGCUACUGAAAACCUGCUGACCUCUUCAUCAGCUCGUCCUGUUGGUCGAAGUGCUUCCUCAGUCCGGGGUUCUGGAAUAAUGAUGCCCCAUUCUACCUCAGGACUGUUUUCCCAGUCCACACGGCAAGGUGGCAUUGGCAGCACCCCUUGCACCAACCGAGUACUCAGUUCUCCCACCCAUCUCACCGCAAGACCACGGCCUUUUGAGUUUAAUCCGUUGGACUCUGUAGAACUUCCACACAAUUUCAUAGCAUCCCCACAAGAGCAUCCAGCAGAAAAUGGUGCCUUACCUUUAGGAGACUCUUCGGGUAAGCCAAAAGCUAAUCAUCUUAUAAGCGAUGAGGAUUUCCCUUAUUCUUCCUUCCACUUAGAGGCAGAUCUGACCGUGGCACCUGAGCUAAAAACAGAGCUUGAAAUCGAAGAAACGGUGCUGAGUGAUGGAGUAGCUAUGAACUGCAGUGCGCAAAUUGUAGUUGGUGAAGAAAGCCAGGAGGACUUUUGGGACCCAGGUGAGAAGAAAUCCAAAAUGUCCACUCCAAGAUUGUCCUGCAGUGUUGACCCUUGUAGGCAAGACUGGGAUAAUAGUUCUUCCGACGAGGAUAUGGAGAACUACUUUGAUUUCACUCGCACUGUGGUCACCUGCAAGCCUCCAAGAGAUGCCUCCCAAACGCCUACAUCUCCAUCUUUGAGGCAGAUUUCCCAACUUGAUGGUAUAGAUGAUGGGACAGAGAGUGAUACAAGCAUAGCUAAUAGUGAUAGCCAAAGCUUGAAGAAAUCGAAUCAGGCCCAAAAACCACACAAAUCGUUUAAUUCUCAACCACAUGAACAGGCAGCCAGCAAUGGGCUUUUUACAAGUAUGGUCUCUAACAUUUCAUCAAAUAGUUGUGGUUUUGAAACCAUGUCCAACUCUGCUGACACUCCCUUCUUAGAGGCUGUUGUUGAUUUAAAUCCGUUUGGUGUACCUCAAGCAUUGCAGUCAAACUCUUUGUUAGUUUUUCCUCCACAAGACACUUUGAAUAAUUUUCUCGACCCAAAGUCUUCAAAUGCAGCAUUUUCGGAAUACAGUAAAGAUUACCAAGAAUCUAGUUUAGUUUUUGAGCCAGAGACACCCUUGAUCCUCGAGAGAUGCGAUCCACCUUCACCCAGUGCAUGUUUCACAGAACUGGUCCCAGUCCAGGAAGAUUCUUCAAUUGACCCACAAGUAUCUACAGGGCCAAAGGAAAUAAUCUUGGAUCCUAGUAGUGGGCACUUUGUAUCUUCUAUGGAUGCCUCUACAGUUUACCCAAACCACUUGCCAGAAGGUACUCAUGGUGUUCUUACUUUGUGCCCAGUUAAUGGAAUUCAGCAACAAACUGCAGAGUUACCCAAAUCUACCACAUCUGUUGAACCUCUGUCCUCCUUGUACCCUGUCCAAACUCCUGAGGGUAAGAUGGUCUUACCUCCCAUGGAGACUUUUAGAACCAAACUACACCCAUCUACAAUCUCAAGGCAACCAGCCCCUUCAGUUCCUGGAGGGGCGAUGCCUUGUGUUCCCACAAAUUCCCCACAGAAUCCAGAGUCAAUGCUCUCGGUUCCAUCAGCCACUGGUGUGCCCCUUGGGACUCAAGGGCCGGUGUCAGGUACAGCGUCUGUCCCAUUGUACCCCACUUACUCGGAGCCCAUCGGCUCUACGACAGUUGGCGUAGUUUCCUCGUGCCCCUCCGUAACCUCCCAACCAUCAGAUGAGUGUCAACCCAUGCCUUCUGCCACUCAACCAGCCUCUGCUCCAGGCGUCAUUAAUGGGUACAACACCAUGCCUAUGCAAGGAGAAUCUGGCCCGGGAAGGACCAUUUCCAUCAAUUUUUCCACCCCCAGAUCAACAAUUGAACCCCAACAACAGUUGGUUACCCAAGCGUUACCAGGCCACGCUAUUCUCACCGUAAAGGAAGUGGGUGGACCCAACGUGGAUCCCACCCCACACGUGUUACUUGUCAACCGACUUGGUCAGAUUUUUGUUAAGAACCCUGAAAGCAACACCUUCCAGCUGCCAACUCCGAAUUCGUCUUCUUUCAAUUGCGUCACCCAGAUUGCCAGUCUCUUGCAAAGCAAUGCUUUGUCAGCAACGCUUGCUGCGGCUGGCAACUUGCAGGCGGCUGCAGGGAGCGCCAUUCCAAACCAAGUCCCCCAAAUUGUGACCCCAUUGGUACAGACCUCUAACACCAUUACCCAGCUACUCACUAUUAAUAGCAACGAAAUGGCAUCAUUACCAGCAGAUGUUAAGAAGCCACGAAGGAAUCCCAAAGCUUCUGGAGAUGGAUCCACAGCAGGGCCGAAGAAACCAAGGAAUAAGAAGGAGUCUUCCACACCUAGGAGGACCAAGUCUGGCCCCUCAAGCAAGCAGUCUGCAGGUCAGGUAACAAAGUCCUUGGAUGCAUAUCAGGCAGAGAGUGCCCAAGCUAUCAUCAACCAAGCUAUGGCUGGUUAUUACGACCCCAACAAGACUGUUUCUCAUGUUCUCAGCCCUGCGUCACCCCAACCCAUCAGUUCAGUCGUUUUACCUCAAGAGCUACUUAUUGAACCAGAAACAGUGGCUUCUCCACCAUCUCCACCAGAAGCAACACCUCGACCAAAGCAGGUUCGAAUGAAAAGAGUGUCCUCACUUUGCGACCGCUUUGCCGUCAAGAAAUCAAAAGCAGACUUUUUGGAAUCUGAUCGCCCUAGUGGAUUGGAAGAAGUUCGCAAGGCAGGCUCGGUAUUGGCAAGGUAUGGAGUUCGCAUCAAAACGCCAACCGUUAAGGGAAUUCUUGACCUGGACAAGAUAAAUGAAGAGCCAAGUAGUGACUCUGAGAGUGCAAGACCUGGUCCAUGGGAUCGUCUUUCAUUGCCUCGAGUUGGAGACAGCAACAAGCCAGCAACUUGCGAUUCUGCUAACCGCAGCCUAACCGACUGGAACAAAUACUCAGGGAUGCUGUCUUGCUCGGACGAUGAGAUGCCUCCAUCAGACAGUGAAGAAGAGAGUCCUCCCAGCCGAGACCACCCUCACUUACGCUUCGAGAUCACAAGCGAUGACGGCUUCAGUGUGGAGGCAGAAAGCAUUGAAGUGGCUUGGACAACUGUUCUCGACAGGGUCCAGGAGACCCGUGCCAUCGCCGGUCUGAGGCAGCUUUCUUUCUCUGGGAUAACCGGAGCUCGUAUGAUGGGUAUGCUGCAUGAUGCUGUAGUAUAUCUGGUGGAACAGCUCGAAGGGGCCAAGCGCUGUCAGGGCCACGCCUUCCGCUUUCAUAAACAAGCCAGUCAGGAGGACGAUCUGCCUGUUAACCCAAGCGGCUGUGCUCGCUCUGAAAUCUACCUGAGGAAGUCAACCUUUGAUAUAUUCAACUUCCUGGCGUCUCAACACAGGCAGCUUCCAGACACUGACCUGUACGAUGAAGAGGAAGAUGAGGUUCUUCUCAAAUCUACCAGACGCGCAACGAGUUUGGAGUUGCCAAUGGCGAUGCGCUUCAGACAUCUCGAAAGAACUUCCAAGGAAGCCGUCGGUGUUUACAGGUCGGCGAUUCACGGAAGAGGGCUCUUCUGUAAGAGGAACAUCGAGGCGGGGGAGAUGGUCAUUGAGUACUCUGGCAUCGUCAUUCGUUCCGCGCUUACGGACAAGCGUGAGAAAUAUUACGAUGGAAAGGGCAUUGGGUGUUAUAUGUUCCGCAUUGACGACUUUGAGGUGGUGGAUGCCACGAUGCACGGGAACGCAGCUCGUUUCAUCAACCACUCCUGCGAGCCGAACUGCUACUCUCGUGUCAUCAACGUCGAGGGUCAGAAACACAUAGUCAUUUUCGCCCUGCGGAAGAUCUACCGUGGCGAGGAGCUAACCUACGACUACAAGUUCCCUAUAGAAGACGCCAGCAACAAACUCAACUGCAAUUGUGGCGCCAAGCGAUGCCGGCGCUUCUUAAACUGAGGAGCUCUGGGUACGACAACAGUGCAGACGGGUUACUAACUGAGCCUUUAGGGUGUUAAAAGAGGUCCAGGCAAAACUUUUUUAUGGGAGAAGUGUUUCAAGAAAUGGAGGGUCAACCUUUUUAAGCAGAAGUGGGAUGUCGCUAUUCUUGUGCUCCACCCUGUUUUCAUAAUAUUCUAGCCAAUCGAUAGACAUCGAAUGCAACAGAAGUAAAUGAUGCACGGGUUUGUGCAAACAUAGUCGGGCCUUCUAAGGUCUUGUAUUGAGCGGCAUCCUUUGUGGUUAGUUAAUGUUUCAUCGGAAGAGCCAGAGCCUCAUGAAGUCAUGGUGUUUUUUUAGCAGUUCCUUAACAGAACUUGAUCAAGAUCUCCAGCAUAAUUACGCAAGAUGGGCAUUGAAAUCAUUACUUGAGAACCUUUUUGCAGAUGUUUGUUUAGGGGCUUAGGGGAAAAAUAAAUAGUCGUCUGUUGCCAAGGGUUCCGCUGUGCUUCUGUUUUCCCCAAAAAGACGAUUGAACCGUAAACGGCACCACCCCCUCCCAGCCCACAGAAACACCUUUGUGCUUGUGGAAUAUUUUCUAGUGAGGACCACAUAGCGUGCAGACGCCGAGAGAAGGUGACGAUACUCUGUAAAAACAUGCAUAUUACUAAUGAAUGAUGUAAACGUAUAAUUGACAUCUGUAGUGUUUGCGCUAGAUCACAGCUGAGAAAGACGACUCAGGACGACACUGUAAAGCCCUCAGUACCCCCUUUGGUCCACUCUUUGCGCAUGGCAGUCAUUGCAUUACUUUAACAUGUCCGUGAUUUCUUACUGGCUUAAUGCUUUUGCUCGGAUAAACUCUUCGUUUAACAUUUUUUAAAUAUUUAUGUUUGCUAGUUUUACAGGAAGCUGACGUCUAGCGGCGUAACCUUCGUUCUUUAUUCUUGUUCCGCUUUUAUUGGCUUGUGAUGUGGUGUAUUACUGUAUGGGCGGGUUUUGAACUCCUUGUCCACUUGAAGGCCUUUAAUGGUGCUAUGAUUAACAUGAGCUUUGAAACGGGAAAUCCCUAGUUCCUUUUUGUGUUCGAGAAACACGUUGCCGUUCCUUGGCAAAAUCAUAGCAAGCAGCGCUAACAUAUUGCGCUCGUAGUGUCGCCAAACAAAAGCGCCAUUCCAGGCGUACAAAAUACUUCUGAAGAUUUUAAAGAGCCUUGUGUCAAUAAAAUCAUGCCUGAAGAGUAUAUACAUAUAUUUUUGUUUUGUCGUGUAGUAGAGGACACUACAUAAGCUCAUCAUGACAUCUAAAUGCAUCCGCAUUGCGUCGCAGCGUUUGCGACGACGUUGCGGAUCGUCCUGCAAUAAAAUCAUUUUUUUGCCACAAUUGCACAUACAAUUGGAGCUGUACGUUUAGCUUGUGAUUCACAAACUGCUUGGUGUCCUACAGCUUAUAGGACCACAAAUGUCAUGAUUGCAAUUAUACUGUGCAGGAGAAAUAUAUCUAUAUAUAUUUAUAGAAGAGUUAUUGAAACAGUUUUCAGCAGAUGGUGACCUCAGCACCUUGGAGUUGGUUGUCGACAUGCUGAUGCCAUCGUUUAUCCUAUAGAGUAUAAAAGAUCUUUCGUAGGCGUGUUCUAUUUAUUCCUGUUUGUCUGUGCAUUUGUACGUGACCAAGGUCUUAUCGGAAGUUUCUUCAGGGGUUUUUUGGUUCUUUUUAACCUUUUCCUUUCUUUACCUUGGACGUUGAGGAUGAGUUCUUGCAAUGUGGCCUUUUAAAGAGGUGAUGUUUCGAGCCAGCUGUAUUUUUAAAAAUGGUCUUAGUUGUGUAUUUUAUUUGAAUAAACGUUGCGGUUAUCGAAGUGCAUCACCCCCCUCCCCCACCCCCCCAUCACAAUGACGUCUUCUGCUUUAUUCCCCAACCUCCCCACCCCCGGGGGUAGUGAUCUACAUCAGAAAGCUGAAAUUGAUCUCGUAUUUUAAUGGAACCAACCCAGACUUGCAAGGAUUCUACCUCAAACUGUUCAGAUAACUUCAAAUAAUACUAAUGCAAAACUAGAUGAGAAUAGAGCUUGGUCUGUGCUGUCAUGCAGUGAUGGCUGUGUGCAAUGGAGGAUGCCAAGCACUCGGCAGGGCCUCCUGUGAUGAUGCGUCUCCCAGAGCUUCAAGGGAAAAAAUAGGUUCCUGUGUAGGUUUUAAAAAAACGUUGCUCAAAGACUUAAAAAUGAAUAAAUGUGCGUCUUUGCUACCUUGUACAAAUGAACCCUAAGUUUGUAAAUAGUUGUAUACAUAUUUCUAAACCUGUUUAAUUUUUCUAUGCACUUUUUUAUUUAUAAUGUUUUUUGCUUAAUAAAGAUGUACAAUGUUUGAACAAAGGUCAAGAU